AUGAAGCGCUCACGCGAACCCGAAGAGGACUCUCAAGGGGUAGUCGCACCUGCAGAUCAGGAUUCAGAAGCCGCUUUUGCAGGUAGCAACGAUGGGCUAAAACGCGAUGUGGGCGGUGAUGUGAAUGGGGUUGCGCCGCCUGUCGCCAAAAUUGCUGGGCUGGAUUUGUCCGACGAGUCGACGAGCGGCUCAAAUAUCAAGAUGCACUGUUUGUUACCUCCUCAUCGGGAGCAGUUGGUGUUUUCAUCGUACGAAGAGUACGAAACGCAUUACCGGGACCAGCACACCAACCGAUGUGCCGAAUGCCGGAAGAAUUUCCCUUCCGCCCACCUUCUCGGUCUCCAUAUUGAAGAGUGGCAUGAUUCCUUCGUUCAGGUCAAGAGGGAAAGGGGGGAGCGUACUUAUAGCUGCUUUGUAGAGACUUGCGAGCGGAAAUGCAGUACACCUCAGAAACGGAAGAUGCACCUCAUCGAUAAGCACAUGUAUCCCAAGAACUUUUUCUUUUCCAUCACACGCGAUGGCAUUGAUGGCCGGCGGUCCUUGCUGCUAGAAAGUCGCCCAAGUCAACGGAAAUCUAGCAGCAGCGUGGAGCUGCGGCCAAAGCUCCAACCUCCGCCAACACAGCCGCCCGGCCCGAUAGACAAGGUUGUGGCCGCCAAGACAGACCAAUCGGCAACGGAACCAUCAAGUGAAGACAGCCCUGUGCAGCGGCCUGAUCAUGAUAUGGAUGACCUGUCGAGUGCCAUGUCGUCGCUGAAAUUCGUUCCGAUGAGUGUUCGGUUCGGACGAGGCAAGGCGGCUGGGUUCGCCAAACGGUAA